GUUUGUUGGAUAUUGGCUGGGUUUGUCCAGGAGUUCAAGAGGAAAGAAGCACCGCAGGGGUGACAAAAAAAGCUACUGGCUACACUACCAGCACAUUCCAGCUUCAAGAAAGCUGUAGCUUCAAGUGUGCGGUGUGCGGUACAUAGCUGCUGGCUGUGGAAGUAGCGGCUUCAAGCUGCAUCCUGCAUGGGCGCACCGGUACCAGACCGGUGCUUUUGCUCGCCAGUGGUGAGUGGUACUAGUACGGUAGCUACGGUAGCUGGUAUGCAUAGUGGUUUGAACGUUUUAACCAAGUGCGACGCGACGUACCGGUAGCCAGCGGCUACGGUAUGAGUGGUGGAUGAUGUCUCGAAGCUGAAGUAUCGAACUGGCUAGGUGCGACGCGAUGGUUUUGUCUUUGGGAGGCUAUUUGAGACCUGCAUAAUUUGUUCUUCGUGAUGUUACAGGCUCUUUUUCACUUAAGGGAUGGUUGAAUCCGAAUGCCUCCUGCCUGCCCAGUGGUACCGUAUGCAUACAAGCGGCGAUGUUAGAAAAUCCAAAAUUCACAAAACAACACAAAACAACUCCGUGUGUGUACUGGCUACAGCUAUCUAGCUAUCUAGCUAGCUAGUAGUGUCGAUGCCAUGAGCUCCAACACAAACAGCCACAUCCUCCAACAUGUACAGUCGCAGCCUGAUGAGGAAAUAGAAGAGCAAGUACUACGAGUAGCAGACAACAGAGCCAACAGGAGAGAUCCACCCAAUGGUCAUGCUCAGCCUUCACAGUCAAAUCCCCCAAUCUCCAUUCCCAUGUCCAUUCCCAUUUUCAUUCCCACACAGCCUGCUGAUCCUCCUGUCUACGAAGAUGAUGAUAAGCAUGAACUUGGUCAACUUGAAGAUCUGCUGCCCUUACACUUACACUUACUCCACAGCAGUGAUAGUGAUCAUGCCACAUUGCAAUUCAGUGACAGCCAAAAUCUUGAUACUACUAGUAGUAAUUUCAUGGAUACCGGUACCAGUACUACAUGUAGUACCGGUAGAUCCAUUUUAGCACUAUUGCAAGACGAGGAGGAACCCUCACAAUUGACACUCCCUGUGGUAUUAACGCCAGAGCAACAACAACAUCCAGCAUUUACACACCAUCCAGCAUUUACACACCAAAGCCAAAAUCAAAAUCAAAAACAGGCAAACGCAAACACACACACAACUCAAACAGACCAGAAGGAGCAGCCAACUCCAGAUUUUGGCACCCAAAAGCAUCUGGCAUAUCCUGCCCAACGCCAAAGCAUCUAUAGACAGCCACAGGAACACAAACACAAACACAAGCAGAUACUGGUACAGCCAGUGCCAGAGUCAGCUAGUGGAGGACAGCAUCAAUGCAACGUACACGUACACGUGCCAGUGGACGAAAAACAAAAACAAUCAGAGGCUCAACACCACCACCAUCCUCGUCAUCCUGCUUCUUCUCCUCCCUCGUCACCACAAAAACCAUCAGCUUCUUCUUCUGCUUCGAACAAUCAGUCCAGUACCGAUACUAGUACCACGAAAACCAAGAAGCCCCACUGCAGCAAUGUUCACAGUCACAAGAAAGCCACCCUUCGUCUUGCUUCUGCACACAAGGAACUGGAGGCGGAGUUUGAUCGCCAAUUGGACUUGGAAGGUAAUAUUAUGGAGAACAACAUGAAGGAGGUCAGGGACGCACACGGACGAAAGCUUGUCACUCGUAAAGAAAAGAGAAUGCAGUUGGAGGAGAUUCAGAAACAAAAUACACGCUACAGACGGUGCUUCGCAGCCCUUUUUGUUGUAGUUGUGGCCACCAUCCUGGUGGUCGCCUUGGUCACACACUUCAAGCAAAGAACGUAA